CGCAAUGCCGGCAAGGGGCUGCGGCCCAGCCGGGGUUCGGAGGGCAGGCCCGUUUCCCCCCCGCCACAAACCUCCACGCCCCGCCGGGCGUUUUCCCUCCUUCUCCCCGGGACAUGCCCUUCCACCCCGGGACUCUCCGUCCCCCUGCUUUCUUCCUGAGACAGCGUCCUCUCUUUCUCUUCUUCCUCCCUGGGACGCCCUUCCCUCCCCCUCCUCCCCUGGACUUGCUGCGGCCUCCCCGUCUGCGUCCUCCCCCGCCUCCCCGCCCCGCCCGCUUUCUCCCUGGGACACCGUCCUUUCCUCUCUCUCUCCUUCCUCUCUGGGACGCCCUUCCCAACCCGUCCUCGUGAUGCCAUCUCCUCCUCCUCUCCCCUCCCUCCUCCUCCCGGGGACACCACUCCCUCCUCCCCGCACACCGUCCUCUUCUCUUCCUCCCUCCCAGGGUCGCCCUUUUCUCCUCCCCGCACACCAAUCCCUCCUCUUCCCCUUUCUUCUCCACGGACACCCUUCCCUCCUCUUCCUCGUCCGGAUGGGGAUGCCAUGCCUUCCUCCUCCCCGCACACCAUUUCCUCCUCCUCUUCCCCUCCCCUGGAACACCUUCCCAUGGUCCUCCUCCUCCUUGGGACUCCAUUCCUCCCUCCUCCUCCUCCUUUUCCUUCCAGGACAUUCCCUCUUCCUCCCUGAACACUGCUCUCUUCUGGGAUGCCCCCUCUUCUGUCUUUGGCUGUGGUGCGCUGGGCUUAGAAACACUGGCAAAGUCCCCCCGGAGGGAUCCAUGAUCAGUGGGAGGUGCUGGGAGGGCGCUCAGUUGAGCGGCUCCUUGCUCCUGCCAAGUGUGCAUUGAGUGGAGUCAGUGUCCCUGACAAACGUUACUUUUCGAAAGCUCUUCCUGGCUCCCUGUACACCUGCUGGCCUCCCUCCUCCGAAUAAAACAGCCUGGGGCAAGCCUGGCAUCCGUGCUGCCCCCAGUCUCUGUCCACGCUUAGUGGCUGCCUUCCCCGGGCCUUCCGCCUCCCAGCCCGCAUUCUCCCCUCACCCCCACCCUUUCCUCUUCUUUGUGCACACCUGCUAGGUGCUUAGCAUUGGAGUGCUAGACAUGGAUCAAACGCUUUCAAAGUUGGUAGAAGAGCUCACGACUUCAGGAGAACCCCAACUGAGUCCUGAGAAAAUGAAGGAACUGAAGAAAAUUUGCAAGUCUUCGGAGGAGCAGCUCCGCCGCGCCUACCACCUGCUCAUGGCCCAGCUGAGCCGAGAGCACGCCGAGGUCCGCCUCUCCGCCUUCCAGGUCAUAGAUCAGCUCUUCGCCCGGUCUCAUCGGUUCCGGGUGCUGGUCGUCUCCAACUUCCAGGAGUUUCUGGAGCUCACCCUGGGCACCGACCACGAGCAGCCCCUGCCGCCCCCCAGGGAGGCGGCCCAGAGGCUGAGGCAGGCGGCCGCCAGGGCUGUCCAAGGAUGGCACGGGAAGUACGGCGCCGCCUACAAGAAGCUCGCCUUGGGCUACCACUUCCUGAGACACAGCAAACAGGUGGAUUUUGAGGAUGUGAGCGCACGGACUCUGGCAGAAAGAAAGCGGGAGGAGGAGAAGCAGAAACGCUUGGACAGAAUCUACAGGGAGAGGUGUGAGCGGGCCGUCAGGGACAUGGAGGAAAUGUCUGAGGACAUCCGGUGCUGCCUCACGGAGGUGGAGAGCUGCUUCAGGCUGCUGGUGCCGCUGGACUUGGCCGAGGGCCCGGGGGGCGCCCCUUGCCUGGCCGGUGCCGUGAGGCCUGGGGACGAGGAGCCCUGUUGCAGCAAGAGCCUGCUCGCCUGUGCCCGCCCUCCGUCUCCCCCUCCCCGGGCCGCAGGGGACUCAGGGGAGGAGGACGAGGAGGACGAGGACCAGCACGAGGACAGCGACGGUGACAAGGAAGGGUUUGUGCGGCGCCACGGACUGGGCUCCCACAAGUACACGCUAGAUGUGGAGCUCUCCUCAGAUGGCCUGAGGGUGCACGAGGACGAGGACAACCACGCCGUCAUCCAGUCUGCCCGGGACGCGCUCAAGCUUAUCCGAAACAAGUUCCUGCCGGCCGUGCGCUCCUGGGUACAGCUGUUCACCCGCGCGGGGAUUCGUGGCGGGCACUUGGAAGCCGCCAUCAACCUGAAGGCGGAACUGGAAACUACCCUGAGGAGAUCUGGGGAGCUGGACAUCGAACCUGAGGAGGGGCGCAGGGGGGAGACGGGCCCAGCGGUCGGGGACGAGGAUGAGGACGAGGACGACGACUUCAUAGAGGUCCCAGAGAAGGAGGGCUAUGAGGCUUGCAUCCCCGAGCACCUGCAGCCCGAGUGUGGGCUGGAGAGGGACCCGGCGGCACGGGGCUCGCGGGCCCGGAAGAGGAUGAGGAGGGAUGAGGGGGCGCAGGACCCCACCUGUGCUGCCGCCCAGCUGCACGCACCGCACGGAUGCUUGCCCCCGCCCCCGAGCCCCAGGGCACCUGUGGGACCAGAGGAGGCUGGGAAGCUGGCCGCAGAGAGGGCCCGGGCGCCUGUCGUGCCCUUUGGGGUGGAUCUGUGCUACUGGGGCCAGGAGCAGCCGCCGGCCGGGAAGAUCUUCAGGUGUCCCUCUGAGCACCGCUUCUGGAAGCCCAGUGAAGCGCACGUGGAAGUGGACAACGCCAACGUCUCAGAGAUGCUCCGGAGCCGCUACAUCACCUUCGCGGGGAAGUUUGAGCCCGUGCGGCACCGCUGCCGCGCCCCGAGGCCCGACGGCCGGCUCUGCGAGCGCCAGGACCGGCUGAAGUGUCCUUUCCACGGGAAGAUCGUCCCGAGAGAUGACGCGGGGCGGCCCCUCCGCCCGGAGGACAGGGCCUGGGAGCAGAGGCGGCUGCAGCAGCAGCAGCAGCAGGCGGGACGCCCGGAGUGGCAGGACCCCGAGUUUAUGAGAGACGUGGAGGCCGCCACGGGAGUAGACCUUGGCUCGUCUGGGUCCAGCGGGAGAGGCAGAGGAAAGAGGAGGAGACGCAGUGGCCUCACCGACCUGAAGCAGCAGGCCGACACUGCCCGUGCGCGCAUCGCGAAGAAGGUGUUUGCUAAGGCAGCCGUGCAGAGGGUCGUCACGGCCAUGAACCAGAUGGACCGCAAGAAACACGAAAAGUUUGCAAACCAGUUUAACUAUGCGCUGAAUUAGAGGGCCAGACUGGGCGUGCGUGGUCCCCUCUGGCCGCAGCUCCUCUUCGCCCUGUGCCAGCGCUCGAGGACGGGCGAGCGGGCACGGGACCGGGUCGCCACCACAGCCACCGUUCCUGUGUGUGCUUCGUGGGAGGAGUUAGCGCGUAUUCUAAUUAAAGUGCCCCAGAGCCGUGGACUGUCCCUCCCGCGGGGGUGCCACUGUCCUCUGGGCUCCCGUCUGGCCCGAGAGCCUGGAGGACACACGGGCAGCUGUGUCUCAGUGGGGCCUCUUACAAAGCCUGUACAUCUUACAACGUGGCUCAGAGUCGAUGGGCCACUUGUGACCCCCGGCCCCCCGCUUCCCGGCCCCUUCCCUGGGCGGUGAUCGCUCGGAGGGGCUCCAGGAAACCCACACUUCUACGCGCACACCGUUUCUAAGACGAACACACCGGAAGUGAACCGCUCAGGGCGCUGUGCCUUGUGCCUCCAACGCACACGUGUGUGGUGGCGGUUCUGCGUUAGAAUGCCCACAACUACCUCACUGCUCUUGUUCUUCCAAGGGCCGCGUUCCUGAGACAGAACCCACAUACCAUAGCAUUCACCCUUUCAGAACGUACAACUUAGUGUCAUUAAGUGCGUUGACGGUGUUGUGCGACCCACACCACCUGAUUCCAGAACUUUGCAUCACCGCAGAAGAAGCCCUGUCCCCGUGGGCAGGCGUGUGCAGCACCUCUGGAUUUGUCUGCGGGUUUGCGCCCUUUCUGGACGUUUCACGUGAAUGCCCCUCGCGCCCGGCUUCGUCCGCUUAGCCCCGUGUCUCCAGGGUUGUUCCGUGUGAUAGAAUAUGCCAGAACUCCAGCCCCUUUUGUGGCCUAGUGAUGAUACCCAUUGAGUGGAUGCCACCCCCUGUUUAUCUGUUCAUCACGGACAUGUGGGUCGUUCCACAUGGCUUGUCUGUUACGAAUAAUGCUUCCGUGAACGUUUGUGUACAGGUUUUUGUGUGGACGUGUAUUUUCAUUUCUUUUGGGUUUACACCUAGAAACGGAAUUGCCGGGUCAUAUGGCGACUCUGUCUGACUUUUGGAUGAACGGCUGAACUGUUCCAAAGCCGCCGAACCAUUUUACUUACAUUCCCACCGCAGCGCGUGAAGGUUCCAAUUUCUUGUCUGCACUUGUCCACGCUUGUUAUUAUCUGUAAUUGGCGUAAAGUGGUGUCUUGAUUUGUAUUUUAGUCUGUA